AUGGCGCAGGCAGUUGAAGAAUGGUACAAGCAGAUGCCAGUCAUCACGCGGUCGUACCUCACGGCUGCCGUCGUCACCACCAUCGGUUGUUCGCUCGAUAUAAUAGCUCCUUCUCAUUUGUACUUAAACCCGAGGCUGGUGGUGCAGAAGUAUGAGUUUUGGCGCCUCGUCACCAACUUCCUCUACUUCCGGAAAAUGGACUUGGACUUUAUGUUCCAUAUGUUCUUCCUUGCGCGGUACUGCAAGCUUCUCGAGGAAAAUUCAUUCAGAGGGAGAACAGCAGAUUUCUUUUACAUGCUUCUCUUUGGUGCCUCAGUCUUGACUGGCAUUGUUCUUGUUGGUGGGAUGAUACCUUACCUCUCAGAAUCAUUCGCCAAAAUUGUGUUCCUUAGCAAUUCCUUGACAUUCAUGAUGGUAUACGUCUGGAGCAAGCAAAACCCUUUCAUCCACAUGAGCUUCUUGGGACUUUUCACCUUCACAGCCGCUUAUUUGCCAUGGGUUUUACUAGGAUUUUCUGUACUUGUUGGAGCUAGUGCGUGGGUCGAUCUGUUGGGGAUGAUAGCUGGACAUGCGUACUACUUUCUCGAGGAUGUAUACCCCCGGAUGACUGGCCGCCGGCCACUGAGAACCCCAUCGUUCAUCAAGGCCUUGUUUGCUGAUGAUGCUGUUGUAGUUGCACGGCCAGCCAACGUAAGAUUUGCCCAGCCCCCUGCUCCUGAGCUUCACGAAGAUUGA